AUGAUACAUGGAGCAGAUAUGCUUCGAUCUGUCUUUUGGUUUUCUCUCCGGUUUUCUUUUGCCUGGCAAGCCAUUCAAGCCAUCCAUCCCUCCAAAUCUUUCUACUUUGUUCGGGCACCAGAUUGUGGCCAAUCCGGUUUUUGUCGUCAAAGGACAUCUUCGGUCGUGUGGCUCUCUUUCUCAUCGGGAAACGCUGACGCGUCCUCCCCAGGUUCCUCUCAUAUGGAUUGCUGCCCGUGAUAGUCUUCUUGCAGUCUUUUCCUCCUUUUUUUUCCCACAGGGUUUUUAGGGGCAGACGCACCUAUUGUAUUUACUUUUUUUUUUAUAUUUGUAUCCUUUCUUUAUUUCGGUCGGGAAGCCCUCGGUAUCUGCUGCAUCAAACAUCAAAGGUAAAAUAUCUCAACGAAAUUUGAAUCAACCAAAGAGCUUACUAACUCA